UCUUGCUCUAUGGUGUUAGCUGAAGGGGGCUGGACCUGCCUCAGUGCGGAGUGGCCUGACUGGAGGAAGGAUCACUGCAGCACACAGGAACGCAAGACCCCCCUGUUGGAACCUCAUCGUCAACUCGAGGUCUGAAAACCUCUCUUAUCUUUUGAAUGGCCAAGACGGUGCAUAAGAGCAUUUCCAAAGAACAAGGCAGUCAAACACAAGCUAAGAAACGGAACUCUGCAAAGAAAUGGAAAGCUGGGUUCUAGAGGGGGACAACUACUCAUUCCUCCGCAGUGCUCCGCGCACCUUCAACCUUCGGCACAGAGACGGGCCCAAUCGUGUGGAGAUCUUUGACAUCACAAGUAUCGAGGGCUCUCGUGGUGCCAUAUCUGAAACGACUUGCCUUUGCGACAUUUUUGGGGAUGACUGCGAGUCUCCUUCUCUCUCCAGCAGCCCAGCCUCUACGUCAUUUCUAAAAAGGGAUGUGGAUACACAUUUUCCAGCAGACGAUAUCAAUGAUUCAUCAGGAUCCUAUCAUACUGCCCAUAGCUCGGAGCAGCUGAGUGACGCAAGUGAUACAUUGGAGGACUCAAAAGACCUCCCUAAACAAACAAAGGACUUGCUUGCACCUGAGACUAGGGAAUCAAGCUCACCACCGACAGAUUUAAACUUGUCAAAUGACAGAAGUGCAGUUGCUUCUGAAAAUGGCUCAUCUUCACCAACCAGAUUAGAUGAUAGUGGCCUGUCACAGACAGAGAACCAUCAAGAGUCUCAUUUGUCUCAAGACAACAUCCUAAUCCAUAAGGAUUCGUCUGCCCAGCAACUAGUAAUGUCCACGUCUGAAUUCAGAGACACUGAUAUGCGAGUAACUGAUCCAUCACCAGAAAAAAUCUCUUCUGACCUCUUUUCUGAAAUGAGGGCUAACAUAGAGCAGAAUGACACUGCCUUAUCUGAACAAAGGGACAUUAUCAACCCACCUAAACAGCAAGAAAGCCCAUUUUUAGAAAACCAAGUUCACAAAGUUACAUGUGAACCUUCAGAGAGAUCAUCACUAGAGAUAACUACAUCCAAAGUUUCUGCUGAGGAGAAUAAUGUGGCCAGUUACACUGGUGAGGAGGAGGCUAAGAUCUCUUAUCCUGAUGUUAGACAUGAUCACAGUUCAUCUACAGAAAACAUUUCACAUGUUCAAGAAACAGAUCUGGACUUGUCACCUGGAAUUAUUGACCAGAGUUGUCCAGUAACUCCCAGUCCUUUAAUAAGGCCUGUAACACCUGCCCGUGGAGAUAAUUCUUCUUUAUAUGCACACAUGGACACAAAUUUCCCAUCUGAAUCUGUUGUCACACCAGAUACAGAAGCUUUAGCAGACUCUCCUGAAGCGAUGAGGUUAGAGUCACCUCCUUUACCUGAAGAUACAGCAGGGCUACCAGAAGAACCUUGUACAGUACCAUCACCUACUCUUUCUGCUGAGGAAAACAGUGAAACAAAUAUUUCAUUUGGGCCUCAGGAUUCAGCUGUUUGUCAUGAAACAAGAGAAGUAGUGGUCUCACCUGAUCAAAGAAGAUUUCUCUCGAAUACGACAUCACCUGAGGUUAGUGAGUGCUUCACAUUCUCUGGUUCUUUAAUGGCCACUCACUCCUCCGAGCCAUCAAUACUUAUACACUCACCUGUGGGUUACACCAUCAGCCCUUCUCCAGAAUUUGAGAGAAAGGUCUUUUCAUCUGAACCUGAAGAUUUACCAUCCACUCCUGAGAUCCCUGACUUUACAGCAACACCAUCAGAUUUCAGAGGUUCUGUUUCCUCACCUGAUUCAAAACUAUGUCUCACACCUGAGUCAAGGAGCAUUACCUCUACACCAGAAAUCAGACAAAAUUUUCUUACACCUGAUUCUAUGCCAACAGCUCCUUCCCCUGAAAUGAGAUCUGCUACCUGUUCUCCAGAAAUUAGAACAAUAACAUGUAGCGUCCUGUCCCAAAGCUCAAAGUCACCUCAGAUUCAGGGAAUAACAUACAGGAUGGUUUCACCCCAGAACAAAGAAUUAGAACAAAAUCCUGAUGAAGAGGGAAUAAGAUCUGCUGAAAGUUCUAAUUCAACUACAGAUCCCAUAAAUGAGAUUAGAAACCUGGCCAGCUCACCCAUGUCACAGUUUUCAUCAACACCAAGAAGCAUGUCUAGACCAUCAUCGAUGACUUUAAGUAUACCAAGAGAUGCAACACCUUCUCCUGAAAUUAGAGAUCAAAGAUCACCUGACAGAUUUAGUGAUUACAUACCAGAACCUACAGUCCCAGAACCUUGCAUCUCUCUGGGACAGGCAGACAAUCAUCAUUCAACCAGUGAGGAAGUGGAUCUUCCUUCAUUUGUGUCAGUAGACAGAGAUCAGACUGAUGGCUACAAAGAGCCCCUUAGAAGCAGCAGCCCUGUUCUUGAUGAAUGCAAAGACAUUGCUUCUGUAGCGCUCAGCCAAAUUCCGAUAGUAAAAGACAUGGUAUCUGAACAUUCAGCUGCCAAAUUAUCUUUACAAAUGGAAGAAAGUGGAAAAAAGAUGAAUGACAACAUAUCAGAGUUAAUAACACAUGAAAACCCAAAUUCCCUAAAUUUUCAUGCACUGAAUGUAAAGUCAACAACACCUACAGUACAGGAAAAAGAUUUUUUGAAAGGUAAUGGCAGCUGCAGUGGAACAGAAAUGUUGGAGAGAGAAUCAGCAGGUAGUGAAAAGCAACUUGGCCAUACGCCUAGGGAAAGCCCCAGUGUUUUCCAUAGUGACAAUAACAGAAAGUAUGACGGGCAACCAUGCAGGAACAAGGGGUGGAGUGAAGAAAGGGUGAUACAGGAGGGGGAUACAUCAGGAAAAGGGGAGGAGAAUAUAGCAGAGGGUAGUUACAGAGGGGAACAGGUUGAGCUGUCAUUCAGGGACAGGAAUAGAAAAGGGCCUGCAAGCCCCAGCACUGCUCCCUCAAGCGGAGACCCAAAGUCUGGAAUUCCACCUCGCUGUUAUUUUGAGUCUCCCCUGACAACUCGGCAGCAACAGAGUCUUCUCAGAGCACAGGGCACACAGAAAGAGAACAAGAGUGGCGCCAGGAGGGUCCAAUCGGCUUUCCAGAGCAAACACAGUGGUGCUGGCCGUCUUCCUUCAGGAUGUACCAGUGAAACCUCCAGUAUGGGAAGUGAGUUUGAUGAAGCUGACAAUGAAGUAAAGUGGUUAACAGACGUAGCCUUUACAAGUCUAUCCAGCCCUAAAGGGGAUUACUUGGAUGUCUACAGCUCAAGCCACAGGUCAUCUACAAAUGUUUCACAGCCAUCUACCGUGGACAGUCCUGGUGCUGCAACAUGGAUGUCCUACGCAGAUUUGCAUGGCUCAACAUUGCAUGAAAAUGAUGAGCUCUUAUGCCACACUUCCUCUUUUUUGCCACAUGGUACCCUGGAUCCAUCAAAGCGUUUUGAGAUGGGUAGUUUUGAAUGUGUGGAUGUAGCAGUGGAGAGCAAGGAGGAGUUCAGGAAGGGAAAGAGGACAGUACCAAAAAGGCAGAUCCAACUUAAGAGACGCAACCCUGAUGAAUCAAAGUCUACCGAGAACGCAGAAAAUGUUAUGGAAUCUUCAUCUACAGAGAGAUGCUCAAGGGACACUGUGCUUCAUCAGCAUAGCACCCCCCCAGCAGUGCAGGAGAAUCUGUUUGGAGGUGAACCUGACAUUCAGAGCAGUCAGAAGAUGCUGCAGACGUCUGCAUCCUUCGAUGAAACCUCAACCAAGGCAAAGAUGGCUUCCUGCAUUAUCAAGAGUGUCCUUUCAAAGAAAAUGGAGACUGGUACCAAGGAAUCUUCAAGAAGUGAAUGUUCAAGUCCGUCUGAAGAUAAAAAGAAACACCCUGAAACUCUUUCUGCAGGACCAUCAAGCAAUAUAGAGAGGCACAGUUUAAGUUCUAGCCUGCCCUCUGAAUGCAGCCUGUCUUCUGAAGAUUUUGCUGGUAGAGAGGAGAGAAGCCCUUGUCUUCAGAAGAAACAGGGGCCUAAGGUUCCUCCUAAACCAUUCUUCAAAGCCAACUUUCUGCCUACUUACAGUAACUCUGACAUAGUUGCAUUUCAGAGUGAACAGAUACCCAGAAUGGUUGAUCCUUUUGAAAGCAAAACACCUAAGAAACUAAUUAUCAAGAACAAUGAAAUGGUAGAAGAAACAGCAGAAACAAAUAACUUGGGAAGGAAGCACAACAGUGACUCAGCACAUACUAUUGCCAGGAACACAAGUGCUACUGUCACCCGAGCUGUAAGCGCAACUGGCAGAACAGCAAAAAGGGAUUUGGAGGAUCCUGCAGCACUGAAAACUCAUAAACAAAAGAGUGGCAGGAGGAUGUUCUUGUCAAAGACCCCUGAAAUCACUCUUAAGCCAUGCACCAAUAAGGACAAAAAGAAGUCUUCUCUGAAGGUUUCUCUGUCUCCUGAUCACUCAACUGAAGAAUCUCAAUUAGAGGAAACACUUGAAGGGCAAGGGAGAUUUGAAUCAGAGAUAGAUGCAGAAAAUGAAGAAGAUAAUGAAACCAGCAAGCCAAAAUCGGUUAUACAUAAAGUUAGGGAUGUUCGGAAGCUGGUAAAGAACACCUACAACUUGUCCUUCAAAGCCUCAAAUACCACACACUUUGCAGAUGACCCAGUUACUCAAGAACAGAAAGAAACACAACCUCAAAUUCCUCACACCCUGCAGAUUGAAUGCAAAGCUAUCAGCUGGAAGGACAAGCAAGCAUCUGGCAAUAAAACGCCCAACUUACAAGAAGCACAAUCCUCUGACAAACCGGAAACACAUAAGGAUUCAGAGAUGUGCAGAAAUAAGAAUAUUACAGAAACAACAGACAAGACAAAGAUAAUCUUGGAGACACAGAAAGAGAUGAAUAUUCAAGUCUCUGACAUGGAAGAAUUUGCUGUAUCUAAUCAAUGUAACACUUUAUCAACAUCUGAAAAUUGUGAGCAGAGCACAAGUCUAGAUGUUCCUCCUACACCUACAAGCAAGGAAGUAUCAACAUUAGUAUUUAUGCAGGAUGCCACAUCCAAUGGUAUGCAGAAGCCAUCAAGCCCUGCUUCACCAGAUGGGAAGACUAUGAGCAGUAGCCACUCAGUGUCCAUGCUACUGAAAGAAAAAGGAAUGCAAGCUGACAUUGGUGUUUGUGAUGUCCUAAAUGAAGGUACCAGUGCUACCCCAAAGCACAUCAACAGACUAGAGGUCCCCUUGCAGACUUCUGUAUCAGAAGGAGCCUCAAAUGAAUCACAGAAAGUGAAAGAAUGUCUGCAGAAGUCAUCCAUCAACAGUACCCUACAGGCAAGUCAAUGUGUCUCACCGCUUAGGAGCUCUCCAAAGCCUAAGGAUCUGAGAAUGAGUCCUGGUGAAAUGCUGACAGACAAUCAGAUUCAAGCAGCUUCAAAGGAAGAAGAGAACACAACUCAGGGCACUUCCAUGAUAAAAAAUUCAGCUCCUCUUGCAACAUCAAACAAGGCAGAGGUGAGGUCAUUUUCUAGCAAUACAAAAGGUCACGUGACCACAUCCAAAGAGAUUGAGUUACCCAUACAAGUGAGGUCAAUAUCCAGUGAUAGACCAAAACCUUUCGUGCCACCAAAACCCAGCUAUAAACAGCCAUUAACAGAAAUGAGGUCAAUAUCAAGUGACCUUCCUAAAACAGACAUCGCACCAACAUCAUCUAUUUUCAAACAGCAAACACAUUUAAAGAGCGAUGUUAAGAAAAAUGAGACGUCAACAGCAACACCCAGGGAGCAAUUAACUGAGGUAGUACCAAACAACAACAAAAAAUUAGCCGUAUCAGCAGUAUCAAGCUACAAACCUCCAUCUAUGCCAAUGACGACAGUGUCAGGUUCUGUGCAGAAAUCAACAACAACCUCAGUUGCUACUGGUAGGCAAGAGGUAUCUACAACUUCAGUGCAAAAUCUCAACAACUGGCAGCAACUGAACAUGACCCUCAGUCAAGAACAGGUGAUUCCAGGCACUUCUUGUGCAUCCAGUCAUCCAGUCUUGCCAGUAGCAUCACAAGGUCAUACCUACAAACAGCCUUCAAAAACAGCAUCCUUUAACAACCAGUUGCUUAAAGAGGACUUCCAUUUCCAUGCAUCAGAUGAUCCUCCCAGCUACGAUGAACGAGAAAGCUUUAGCCCUUUGCUGCUUUCUGAUUUGCCCCCAAGAAAGCUGAACCGAUACCAUCCCACCAACAAACAUUCUCCAUGCUCCUGCACAACAGCUUCCCAGCCUCAUCUUGGCCAUCCCUACCAUGGCUCACAAACCCGCACGCCACCAGCUCCACAGUCACCAGGGCAGGGGCUUUUAUUUCCAGGCGCACCACCGCAGGCCCAGGUCCGUCCUCAUCAAUGCAGACAAGACAGCCAGCCCUUAAAUUUCCCACCAGUCUCACCCAAGACCACAUUACCUCAGGCUCCACCCAUGAUUCAACCCUUGCACCACUCCUAUCCCUACCCUGCUCCAGUCGCACAGGCCUUUGGUGAUGAACAACAAGCUUCUUCCACUCAGCAGAUGGACAGACUUUCAGCUAAUCGCCGAUCACCACAAGCUGCAAGUGGUGCAGCUUAUCGUGAGCAUGGCCGUUCACCCAAUAUAGCUCUGGAUCCCAGAUCCCAGUUUUUCGGUUCGCAUGAUUUACCGCCAGCUUUUGGCCAUGAUUAUGGAAGUGAUGGUCCUGGGGCUGGUAGUGUCUUAUACCCGGAAAAUGCAAGUGGUCUUGGGUAUGGGCAAGGCCCUCGUCGUAUACUCCUCGACCCUGAAACUGGAAAGUACUUCUAUAUUGAAGUACCAGUGCAGCCACUGAGAAAAAUGUUGUUUGAUCCAGAAUUGGGGCAGUAUGUAGAAGUUCUCAUACCGCAACAGGCUAUGUCCCAUUCUGGUAUGUAUCCCCCAACUGCUGCUCCAUACCCCUCACUCCAUGGUCCCGGGUUAUAUGCACCACAGUACCUCCCAUAUGCUGCGCCACCACAUCCUCAAUCUGCCCAGCAACCACGGCAUCCAGAGACCUCUGUCUCCACUUCACUCCAUCAAACCAGCAUGGGAUAUGGAAGCUCAGCAAGCCAGACUCCGAAAUCCGAAGCAAAAAGCCAUCCAUCGCUGGAUCAGAGUUAUUUAGAGAGCAUGUAUUACAUUCCCACUGGGAUGAAUGCAAGCCCUAAUUCUGCACCUUCAGACUGCUACCACAAACCAUCACCAAAUAUGCCUGCCACUGGGGGCAGGAGAGCAUGAAAUAGUAAUAUAUGUAACAUAUUUACUACUGCAGUCCCUGGUGGUAGAACAGCUUUCUGAGUAAAGUUGGAUGACACACCUAAAA